AUGCUUGAAAAAGUGUUGACAAGUCAAACAAAUACUAAAAAGACAUUAUCUGGGUUAUCAGAGACAGUGGUUUCUCACACAGUGGCUAUUCAAAACCUUGAACAGCAGAUGCGUGAUCUUUCCAGAGAGCAGCAUCCUACUAGAAAGGGAGGACUUCCUAGUGAUACUAUUCCAAACUCGAAGAAUGGUGGUGGUGUGGAGCGUACUUUUGGUAUUAGCACGAAAAGCAGUAAAAUACUUCAAGGUGCUGACAAGAAGGAGGUUAAUCUAGAUUUGGUUAUUGAGGAGGAAAAGGUGCAUUCUAAUGUACCUAUAGUAGAUGAUGAGGUCCAGGUUAAAGAGAAAGAUGAUGAUGUUACUGCUGAUACUAGGAAACAGAUGAUAAAAGGGUUAACGGUGAAUUUUGCAUUCUUAGAUGUUGUCAAAGAGAUGAUCGGAUUUGCCAAGUUUGUGAAAGACCUGCUUAUGAAGAAGAGGUCUGUUCAACACGAGACAGUGAAUUUAACUCAUCGUGUGAGUUCGAUUAUUGUUUCCAUUACAGUUCAGAAGAAGGGAGAUGCAGGGGCGUUUACCAUUCCGUCAUUAGUGAUUGAAGAACAAAUUGGGCAAUCAGUGGAGAUUUUGUGCGAGUACAGACAUGCUAUUUGUUGUACCAUAGCAGACAUUCGGGGCAUUCCUUCUGGUAUUUAUGAGGAUAAAAUUCAGCUAGAGAAGGAUAGGAAGCUGAAUGUUAAACAUCAGCGGAGAUUGAACCAAAAUAUGAAGCUGAAUUCAGCUACUUGUAAAGACCAUUUUCCCAUGCCUUUCAUUGAUCAGAUGCUUCAUAGGCUGGCUGGGAGGAGCUUCAUCAAAGAUUUAUCCAAGAUUUCUAACCCGAUGUGCAAGCUUCUUAAAAAAGAGGCUAAGUUUGAGUUUGAUGACAAGUGUCGAAAGGCAUUUGAUGAAUUCAAGGAGCGUCUCACUUCUGCUCCUGUUAUUGUUACUCUUGAUUGGUCCCUGCCGUUUGAGUUGAUGUGUGAUACUAGUGGUUUCGCGAUUGGUGUUGUGCUUGGCCAGAGGCACAAUAAAAUUAUGCACCUGAUAUACUGUGCUAUUAGGACUCUUAAUGCAGCACAGAUGAACUACACAAUGACUGAGCAAGAGCUGCUUGCUAUAGUAUAUGCUUUUCAAAAGUUUCAGUCCUAUUUGUUGGGGUCUAAGGUUGUGGUGUACGCUGACCAUGCUGCGUUGAUGCAUCUUGUGGAAAAAAAGGAAGCUAAGUCACGACUGAUUCAUUGGGUCCUUUUGUUGCAAGAGUUCGAUUUUGAGGUGAAGGAUUGA